UGCUGCCGACAAUUUUCCUCGGCUUCAGACGCGUUCGCGACACCAUACGUGAUGGUGAUAAAAAAAUUUUUUUCAUAAUUAUAUCAACAAUACAAUAAUUAUAUAUAUAUAUCCAACUAAAUAAAUAAGUGUUAUGUCAAAUUAAAAAUUAUUGUUACUUUUUUUUUUUUCUUUAAAUUAUCAUCAAUGAGAAAGUUAAAUAAAUAGUUUUUUUUUUUUUCUCCAAAAGUUUGAAUGUGAUCCAAGAGAUAAAAUAAAUUUUUUUAAUUUAAUAAAAAAUUUUGUGUAUAAGCAAGUGAAUAUAUAUAUUGUUUUCAAGUUUUUGUUUGUUAAAAAUAAAUUAAGUGUGAAAAUAAAAAUAAAACUGAGAAAAAUAAUAGAAAAUAUAUUUAUAAAAAUUAUUAUGAAAAUGAGGUGAAAAUAUACACAGUGGGUGAUUUACUUAUUUAUUUUUUUUUGUUUUUUCAAAUUUUCAUUUACAUUGGAUGUUGAUCGAUUAGAUUAUAUGUAUUUACCACAAAGGUGCUAGAAUACGCGUGUGAACGGAUGUCUUACUUGAAAAAAAAAAAAAAAAAAAAGUAAUAAAUGAAUAUUAAAAAAAAAUUAACAGGGGGAAACACAAAAGUCAAAAGUAAGCAUCAUUUGUACUUAGCGUAACAUUGAUGCUCCAAGUUUAUUUUUUCUUUCAUUGUUAUCUAAUUUUGAUUAUUUAUCUUUGAAAUAAUAUAAUUUAAAUAAUCAAAUGAAAUUGAAAGUAUUUAAAACUGGAUAAAAAUAAUUAAUAAAAAAAAAGUUUAUUAAUAAAGACGUGUGUGUAUUGUGUAUAUGUGAUAACGGGCUUAAACAUUCCCACGGAUACAACAAGCUAAAAAAGGAUUAUUUUAUUUAGCUUUAAAUACAAAACUAACAACUCAAUUCUAUUCACCUCUAUUAUUCCUUAUCCUUUAUAUUAUUAUUUAUUUACUUUAUUUUUUGUUCCUAUUUUUCUUUCAAUCGUCUUAUCGCUGUCCACGGAAAUGCAAAGCACUUCCGGCAUCGUCAAACCAAACCCCCGUGGCACAAAAAACAACAACUCAAAUUGGAUUUACAAACUGCACUGUGCAUCGAUGAUUAAUUUCUCGUGACUUUUUUUUUUUUAUGUUUUUUUUUAUGUUUUUUUUAUUUUUAUUAUUAUUUAUUAUUAUAUUUUUAUAUAAUUAAUAUAUUAUUUUAUCGACAAAGUGAUAAUUUAAUAAAAAUAAAAAAGUGGAUAUAUAUUAUUGAGGUGAAUACACUGCUGGAUGUAACGAAUAUAUACUAGUGGAUUAUUAAUUUUAUCAAUAUAAAAUUUAAUGGUUAAAAAAAAGGAGAUUAGUGCUGUUGGAUAUAGUGUAGAUGUGUGUUGAUGUGGUUGGUUUGUUUUGGUGGAAGGUGGAAGGUGGUAGACGAAGAAAACGAAGGUGGCAACGAACAAAACGCGAGUGGUGUAUGUGUUGAUUAAUACAAUAAUUUUAUAUAUUAAUAAAAAAAAUAAUAAAUAAUCAAUAAAUAGAAAAAGUUAAUUUAUAUUUAGUCAAUAUUACGAUGGUUGUCCCGUCAUUUGUAACUUUGGUUUUCCUCGUUUGCCUACAAACGGUACUACUUUCAACCGUGAGCAACUGUACGAAAACCAGCAACAUGUAUUGGAACACAACGAAUUCGAUAUUUCGAAUAGACAAUACUGAUCACAUUAUUGAUGUGAAUAAAAAUAAUGCAGCGUUCGAGUAUGACCAGGUCAACAUAAUAUGUCCGGUCUAUUUACCGGGUACUUAUGAUGAUGAGACCGAAAAAUACAUCAUUUAUAAUGUGUCAAAGGAGGAAUACGAAACGUGUCGAAUAACGAAUCCAAGUCCAAGGGUGAUAGCUGUCUGUGACAAGCCAUUCAAAACAAUGUAUUUUACGAUAACAUUUAGACCAUUUACACCACAACCUGGUGGAUUGGAAUUUUUACCUGGUCAUGAUUACUAUUUCAUCAGCACCUCAUCCAAGGACGAUCUUCACAGGCGUAUUGGAGGACGAUGCACCACCCACAACAUGAAGGUCGUAUUCAAGGUGUGCUGUGCAAACGACACCAAUGGAUCCUCGCCAUCGGCUCCAUCACGCAACAACUUCCCAUUCACAAAUGGUGGCAGCAGCACAGUACCAAGUUCAACAAAUAUCAACAAUUCAGGUAUGAAUGGUGUUGGUCUUCCAGCAUCACCACCCCCAAGUGUCUUCAAAGGAAGUGAUCGAUAUUACCCAGGAGGCAACAUUUAUCAUCAUCAACCUGGUACAGCAACUCCCUCAUCACCACAAUAUCCACAAUAUCCAUCGUAUCCACAUCAACCGAUCUACAAUGGCUCACCAUCUUUAUCACCGCCCAAGACCUCCGUCAACCAGAAGAAGAAAAACAAAGAAUAUUCAGAUCAUCCAAAUGAAGUUGUUAAAAAUGAAGAAUUAACACUAAAUGGUGCAAGUGGAUCACGACAAUGGGAUGGUACGUCGAGAUUAUUGGCUCUUGUUACGUGGACACUUUUUAUCAGCAUGGUAUUGCCAAAUUUUAUGCGGUGAACCGACAAUUAUCAAAUGAUGUGUCCAUCAAUGUAAAACCCCCUUAUUCUGUGAUUAUCCUACGUUUAAUUAUUGAUUUAUACAAUUGAAUAUAUUCACUAAUUUCUCAGGAUCAUCGAGCAUCGAUCUUGAUGAUUGUCAACAGUGAAUUUAUAAAGAAAAAAAAAAAAAAAAAGACUAAGAAAAAAAAGCUCUUUUUUUUCUACAUAUAUAUAUUGUGUUAUAUACAUGUAUGUAUUUUUUUUUCUUUUUUUUUUUUUUUUGUUAUUAAUUGGAAACGUUUUUCAAUCAACCGACAAAAAAAUGUGAAAUAAUCGCAAAUUGACACUGAUAAAGCCAUAUUAAUUAUUAAUUAAAAUGAAAUAAUUAAAAGUGAAAUAGAUUGAUGAAGUUAUCAACGAAAUAAUUAAUUUAAUACACAUCUGCUAAUAGUAGAAGACAAUUAAAAUCAAUAAAAUGAUAAUGGAGUAGUCGAAUUGAAUAAUGCCCUCGUCAUUUAUGAUAAAAAAAAAAGUAAAUAUUUAUAAAUAAAAUUAUUAUUAAUAUUAUAAUUAUGAAAAUGUGCUUAAUAUCAAUUUGGGCCAUAAAUAUUAUGUCAUCGUCAAUUUUGCAAUUUUUACAAAUUUCAAUUGAAAAAAAAAAAGGAUAAAGAAGAAAAAAGAAAAAUUAUUCAAUUGAGGUUUGGAAAAAAAAUCAUUAAAUAAAACGUACGAUUGAGUUUUCCAAGUGGAAAUAAGAAAACAAUUGAUGUCAAUGUGUCAUUUUGUUUUAACAUCUCGUUUUCAAUUAAAUAAAUGUAAAUACAUUUCCAAAUAUUAUAUUAGAGGUUUUAAAAAAAAAAUAAUUAUAAAAUCAAUUCGGGAAAACGAAGUUGCUAUAGUUGAAACAAAUUGACACAAUAAUAUAAAUUACUUUUUGUUUUUUUUUUUUUCUAUGUAUUGAUUGAUUUCUUUUUUCCUCUUGUUGAAAAGCUCAAUAAGUCCGUGUGUGCCUCAAUGAAAUAAUUUUUUUUUCUUUCAUUUCUUUAUUAAAAUUGAGUAUGUCAUUUGUGUAAAUAAAAUUAUUAUGAUUAUGAGUAUGAGAGAUGAGAACAAAAAAAAAGAAAAUAAUAUUAAUAAUCGUAAAUUCACUGUUUGGAAUUAUUUCUACAUGAUAUUGCUGUUGUGAAAAAGAUUUAUAAAAAUGACAAAUUAUAACUUGGCAUGAGUCAUAUAUAUAUAUAUAUUUUUUUUAAUUUUGUUUUUAUUUUAUUUAUAUUUUUUGCAAGAUAAAUUAAUGAUUAUAUGAGUGUACGAAUUGAGAAAGUCCAAUGAAAUUAGAACAAAAAAAAAUGAAAAAAUAAAAUUUUGUAAUAUAGUUGUAUUAUAUUCUAUCUAUAGGCCUGUAUUAUAUUUAUUAUUAUAUCGAUAUCUAUAUAUUAUAUAUAUUAUCAUGGGAAUAUCCGAUUUGAUAUUCUAUAUAUAAUUAAUUAGUUAAAUAUCAAAUUAAACGAGUGUGAAAGUCGAGCGAGAUUCAUUACAAACUUAUUUUAUUUCUUUUUUUUUUUUUUUUUCUAAUCAAAUUUUUUUUUGUCUCGAUUAUGUUCUCCUUUAUUAAUUUAAUUGAAAAUGAAAUUAACAAUUAUAAAUUUAAAAAACAUGAUUUUUCAUAUGAAAAUCAAAUUAUUUUAUAUUCGACUAUAUUAUUUAUUAUAAAAAAAAAAAAAUAUUGUAUUAUUUUUCAAGAGAAGAUAAACAUAGAAAAUUAUGUUGAACAAAAAAUAUUAUUUAUUAUUUUGACUUGAAUUAAAUUUUUUCAUUCGACUGCACAUCCGAGUUGAGAUAAAUAAAUAAAAAAAGUAAAAAAAAAACCAACAAUAAAAUGUAUUUACUAUAUAAUAUAUAUUUUUUUUUUUUGUGUUAUUAGUCAGUGGUGUUUGUGAUCUUGAAAAUCACAGACACGAGAUUGUUGCUAAUUCGAAAAAAAAAAAACAAAAAAAUAAUGAAAUAAUAAAACAAAGAAUCACACUCUAGACUAGGAGAACAAAACGAAACAAAUGACUGUAAAUAUUGUACGUUAUAUAUUAAACAAAAAGAAAAAAAAAAAAAAGAAAAUGAAAUAAGAAAAGUAAGAAAAAAAAAAUGUUCCCGAGCCCCCUACUAUCAUCACCGUGACUAAAGUAAUUUACCUUCUUGCGCACUGCAAUGCUGCAGUUUUAAUUGCUAGCUACAUGUUUACCCAAUUUUUUUUUUUCUUUUUUAUUUAUAAAAUGUUUUCGUUGUUCACCACAAUAACACGUAAACACCAAUUAAAAACUCAAUUCAAUUCACAAAUAAUAAUGAAAAAAAAACAAGAACAAAAAUAAAUAUUGAAUAUUGAAUUAUAAAAAAAUGAACAAAAAAAAUAAUAAAUAUUGAUAAAAUUAGUAAAAAAAUAAAGCACGCAAACGCGCAUUUAGCGUUAUCCAAUACAGUAUUGUAUGCCUAAGUAUUACACGGUCUAUUUUGGCCAAAUGUUAAACAUGUCCACUGAUUGUCAAAGCGUCUUAAAUCCCUCAAUGUGAUGGUGCGUGAAGCAACGAAAAAAAAAAGUAAUAAAAUAAAUGAAAUAAUCACAAUGCAUUUAUAUAAAAAUUCAAUGAUAAUAUUUGUAAAUCACAAUUGAUUUGCAAUGAUUAACAACAAUGUGUACAUAUUAAUUAAAAAACCUGUCUCAAAGACUGAUGAAGCUUUUCAAGUUGCUGUUGCCUUCAAUUCAAAGCGACCUUUUUUAUUUAAAUGAUAAAUAAAAUUUUUAAAUCAUAAAAAUAUCGACUGCCAUUGUGUACACAUUUGUUAAAUCAUUGUAAAUCAUGUGAUAACUUGAAUAAAUAAAUAAAUAAUUAAUAAAAAAGAAAAAAAUAAGUGUUGAAUGAAAAUGAAAAAAUAAAAGGGGGAGUAAUGCGUGAUAGCAAUGAUAAAAUAGAUUAACAUGAAUGUUUAUUAAUAAAAUAACAUUCAUAAAUAAAAAAAUCCUAGAUCAAUGCAGUUUAAUUUAUAAUUAUUUAGGCUCAAACAAUUUAAAUAGUAAAUAGACAAGGUGACAACACAAACAGCGAUUAUAGUUUUUUUGUUUUAUUUAUUAUUUAUUCAUUUCCAAUUGAUCCUUUUUGCAUUCCUAAUUCUUUGUCAUCCAUUUCUAAAUCCCACUUCAACAACAUCGCUCAAGCUUAAAAUUCAUUUAUUUUUUUAUUCCGAAUUUUUCGUUUUAUUACUUCGUAUUUUAUUUUAUUUCGCCGUCCGUUCAAACAUUGACUCAAUCAUCAUAUCGACAAAAUUAUUUUUCAAAAUAAUCAACGUCAUGAUUGAAAAAUUUAAUUAAUAAAAAAAAAAAAAAAUUAAUAAGGGGUUACGCGAAUAAUAUUGAUAUAAACGUCAUGUAAAUAAAAUUAUAAAAAAGAAAAAAAGAAAAAAAAAAACACAAUAUAAAACAAAUCAAUAAUUAAUAAGAGAGUAAGAGACAAUUUAAAUAAAUUAAUUAAGAUGCAUAGCAAGUAUUAAAUAGGUUUCUAAUAACAAUUUAUUAUUAAAGUGAAUGUACGUUGAUGUCUUAAAAGUUUUUAAUGAUAAAAACCAAUACAAAAACACGAAAUAAUUAUUAUCAUUUAGCUUUUUUUUUAUUUUUUAAAAUAUUUUCUUUGUGCAAAAUUGUUUUGACUAUUGAAACAAUGAAAUUGAUGAGAAUAAGAUAUUAUAAUUCUAGUCACUUGUGAGUUCAUAUAACAACGAGAAAAAAAAAAAAAAUUAAUUAAUCAAUAAAUAUCUGGAUUAAUAUGAUUUAAUAUUAUUUCUUUUUUUAAUUUUUUAUUUUGAAUAAGCUCUCGAGAAAAACAAGAAAAGAAAAUGAAAUUUAUUAUUUUUUUUUAUAUUUUUCCUAUAUUGUUUAUUCACCGAACCCCCGAUGUAACGUAAUACUAAUAAGAAGACGUCGACAUAUCGGCUUACAGAUAAUUCAUACAAUGCAUACAAAAUAAUGUAGAAAUCAUAAAAAUAGUCCACUCGUAGCGCAAUAGUAUUUAAAAGCAAAUAAAAAAUAAAAAACAAAAAAAAAAAUUAAUAAUAAUAAAACAGGAUAAUCAUGAAAUAACAAAAAUAAAAAUAUAUAUUACAUUUAAAAAAUCAUACCGUACAAUAGUAACUGAAUAAUAAUAUGUGCAAUGUUAUUGUAUUUACAUACAUUACUUGCAGCUUACAGAAAACAUACAAUUACACUGCACUGAUAUAUCGACGCGUCACAAAGAGCAAAAUAAAAAAAAAAAUUAAAAAAAAGACAACGGAGGAAAUUUACUUUUUUUUAUUUUUCAAUUAAAAUAUGAUAUUUUUUCUUUUUUGUUACGGUAAACUGCUGUUGCACGAGUACGUUUUCAUAAACAUGUAUAAUAUUGUAUAUCAACAUUCCUCAAUAAUUAAAAAAAAAUAAAAUUAUUUAAAAAGAUUUCAUUAUUUGUCGUUUGUUUGCAACAAAAGUAUAAUGUUAAAUGAGAAUAAUCGAAAAAAAAAAUAUCUUAAACUCUGGUUUAUUAUUAUUGAGUCAGAAGCAUAAGUGAAAAAAAAAAUUGAAAAAAAAUUAAUGACAUAAUGAAAACGACUGGUUUUAUGAUCUACAAGCAAUUUGCCUUUUUUUCUUAUACUAUAAACAAUUAAUUUUUUCUUUUUUUUCUUUGUACUACUCUAACAUCCGAUUGUCUAUAAUUUUCAGCCUAAAUUUUUAUUUUAUGUGUACAUAAUAAAAUUCAUUUAUAUGUGUACAUAAAAUAUUAGAUUUUAAAGUGCCAUAGAAAUAACGAAUAAAUAUGUGGAAAUAUAAUAUUCAUAUGAGAGAAAAAGAAACAAAAAAAAAAACUAUUUAUAAUCUGGAAAAAAAAUAAGUAAAUGUGAAAGUGUUAAAAAAAAAAAUUCAUAUUAAUUGUUUAUGCUCAAUGGAAAAGUGUAAUUAUUUUUCCAAAAAAUGCAUCAUAUUGUGAGGAAAAAAUAAAAAAAAAAAAAUGCUCGACUCGUUGACAAUUAAUUCACACUCCGAUUAUCAACGAAUUUUUCAAUGUAUAAAAUCAUGUUAACUGUUUCACCACAGAAAAAAAAAUAUCAUCAAUAUAUUAUGUAUAAAAAAAGUCCUUUUUUGUGUUUUGGUAUUCUGCGAUUGUUAAAGUAUAUAUUUCAUCGGGGCAAUUGAUAUUUAAAAAAAAAAACAUUUUACUAACGUUCAACGUCGUUCAAAUUAAAUUUAGAGAAUUAAAAAAGUCAAUAGCUAUUCUAAACAAUUGUUAUUUUUUUUUAGAGUACAUGAUCAUUGCCACAUACUUAUCAAGUUUUUGAAAAAAAAAAAAAAAAUAGAAAUGUACUCCGUGAAUGAUGUGUCAUGAACGAAAAUUAAAAAAAUACUGAUUUAUUGGAACUUAAGUUCACUUUAAAAAGCACAAUCACUGUUUGAAUAAAAAAAUAAUAAUAAUAAUAACAAAAUUGUUGUCCAAUUGUGUGUCACGGAGGGCCUACGCACUACUUGUUUUUAAUUAAUUAAACAAAAAAAAGAAAGAAAUGCACGAAAAUUAAAUUUAAAAAAAAAAAAAAAA